AUUGUACCCUUGAAUAGUUAUACAAUUGUAGCGACAUGAUUCUCUUCUCCUUCUCCAUUGUGAGGGACCGUCUUGUCGAGGAGAUGAAGUUGCCACUGCUCCAUGGUGUGGAUCAGACGCACGGCGGCUUCGGCUGAGGAGGACGAUGUGUUGCUCGAUUGGAGAUCAUCGGUGGCUGCUGCUGGUGGUGGUUGUGCAGAGGCAGCAACCGUUGGUUUGGAUUCCAUGGAAGCACUCUCUCUCUCUCUCUCUCUCUCUCUCUCUCUCUCUCUCUCUCUCUCUCUCUCUCUCUCUCUCUCUCUCUCUCUCUCUCUCUCUCUCUCUCUCUCUCUUUUUCUCGACUUCUUUCUCUCUCUCUCACUGUUCUCUGCCUUGGGAACUGCAACGGAAGAGGCAGAGAUUUGGUAGAUUCGGAUAGGGGAUUUUUUUUGGGGGGUCAGAGUAAAUCCGGUUUACAAUUUGUUUUCAGAACCGGUUGAAGUUAUCGAAUUGAGACCACCGGAGAAGCAGAAGAAGGAUGUUGUCAGUGACUCCGCCGCUGAUCGAUCCGGGACGACGAAGUCAGCGGCAUGGUGGAUUCCCUAAAAGUGUUUGUACUUCAAUUAACGAGUGUAUGUGUCAUGGGAUACCAGAUUCUCGCCAGCUACAGAGUGGAGAUAUAAUAAACAUCGAUGUCACGGUUUACUUGGAUGGUUACCAUGGAGAUACAUCAAGAACUUUCUUCUGUGGAGAAGUAAGUGAAGGUUUUAAACAGCUUGUAAAGGUUACGGAGGAAUGCUUGGAGAAAGGAAUAGCCGUUUGUAAAGAUGGAGCAAGCUUCAAGAAAACCAGCUUGUGCAUGUGCUUGGUGUUGAACUGAUAGAUACCGUGCUUUUGCUUUUCCACCAAAAGUAAACAAAAAUUUAAUGUCUAAGUAUGGAGUUUGAAUAUUUUGCAAGGCUAUAGCUGUGAAAAAUCAGCUUAUAAGCCAUUAUAAAUCAGUUUAUAAACCUUUAUAAAUUACUUCAUAAACACUUAUCAUUCA